UGUAGAGAGAUAUAAUUAUGUUAAGAGAGAUGACGAAAAGUCCAAGCAUCCGAUUGUGGAAUUUCGCAUGUAUUGAUAAACAUUGUGCAUUUGAAUAUGAUUUGUAUACAAAAACAGAAUUGGUAAAAUUUAACAUGGAAGAAUUCAUUGUGAAAGCUGUGCAAGGAGGGCUUAAGGGGAAGGUAAUAGAGAAAAAUUUAUUCAAUUUUUGUUAA